AUAUGAGAAGAUAUUACCAAAAGUGGACAUCUUUGUGUGUACAGCAGAUCCAGGAAUUGAGCCACCUGUGAUGGUUAUUAACACAGUGCUGUCACUUAUGGCUUAUGAGUAUCCACCAGACAAGCUCAGUGUGUAUCUUUCAGAUGAUGCUGGAUCAGAUAUUACCUUCUAUGCUCUCUUAGAGGCUUCCAUCUUUGCAAAACAAUGGCUUCCAUUCUGCAGGAAAUUCAAGGUGGACCCUGUCAUCAUUGAUUAGCAACGGGGAAAUUAUCCUUAAUGUAGAUUGUGACAUGUACUCAAACAAUUCUCAAUCUCUAAGGGAUGCACUCUGCUUCUUCAUGGAUGAAGAUAAGGGCCAUGAGAUUGCUUAUGUGCAGACUCCACAGUGUUUUGAGAAUAUCACCAAGAAUGAUCUAUAUGGUGGUGCUCUACGAGUAAGUUAUGAGGUGGAAUUCCAUGGUUUAGAUUCACUUGGUGGGCCUAUGUAUAUUGGAACAGGCUGCUUUCACCGAAGAGAGAUACUGUGUGGAAGAAAGUUCAGUGACCAAUGCAAGAAAGAUUGGAAUGAAUACAAGAAUAUUGGUGAUAUGAAAGAAGUAAGCUUGCAUGAACUCGAAGAACAAUCAAAGGCUCUUGCUAGUUGUACAUUUGAGAAAAACACUUUAUGGGGAAAAGAGAUGGGAUUGCAAUAUGGUUGUUCAGUAGAAGAUGUUGUGACAGGAUUGUCUAUUCAAUGCAGAGGAUGGAAAUCAGUGUUCUAUAAUCCUCAAAGGAAAGCUUUCUUAGGUGUAGCUCCAACCACCUUGCCACAAGCACUAAUUCAACAUAAGAGAUGGUCUGAGGGAGGCUUUCAAAUUUUGCUUUCCAAGCAUAGUCCAGCCUGGUAUGCUUAUGGAUUAAUCAGUCCUGGCCUCCAAAUGGCAUAUUGUUACUAUCACCUCUGGGUGUUUAUUUGCUGGCCAACUGUAUAUUACUGCAUCAUCCCUUCACUCUAUCUCCUCAAAGGCAUUCCAUUGUUUCCUCAGAUGUCAAGUCCAUGGUUCAUACCUUUUGCAUAUGUGAUUCUUGGCGAUUGCUCUUACUGCCUGAUGGAGUUUCUGUUGUCAGGAGGCACAAUAAAGGGUUGGUGGAAUGAGCUAAGGAUAUGGCUGUACAAGAGAACAAGCUCUUACCUCUUUGCUUUUGUUGAUACCAUCUUGAAGUCUUUUGGCUUUUCAGAAUCAACAUUUGUAGUAUCUGCAAAGGUAGCAGAAGAAGAAGUUUCCCAACGAUAUGAGAAAGAGAUCAUGGAGUUUGGAAACUCAUCCCCAAUGCUCACUGUGCUAGCAACAGUUGCAUUGCUGAAUUUGUUUUGCCUUCUUGGCAUGUUCCUAAAGCAAGUGUUCAUCAGUGAAGGGGGUCUCAGAAUUUUUGAUGCAAUGGCAUUGCAAGUUCUUCUAAGUGGGGUUUUGGUUCUCAUCAAUGUACCUGUGUACCAAGGACUCUUCCUAAGAAAAGAUGAGGGAAGAUUACCAAUGUCUGUUGCAGCAAAAUCUACAGCAUUGGCUCUAAGUGCAUGUGCCCUCUUUAUUUCCUUAAGUUAAGAUGUUUGAUAUUUUCAGUCUUAGGUUUCUUUCUCUAUUGGUAUAUUUUUAGUCUUAUUUCCCUUUACUGAACAAUAAAAAUAUAUCGAUAUUGGUAUAUUAUAAUUCUUUUUAAUAUAUUUUAAAAUAUCAAA